AUGCCACAUGAACUACCUGGUAGACCCUGGGAAAAGGUUGCCAUCGACCUAUUUACUUGGGAAGACAAAGACUACCUGGUGACGUCAGAUUAUUACACCAAUUUCUGGGAGGUGGACAGACUGAAGAGAACCAACUCUUCAACUGUCAUCAGCAAACUGAAAAGGCAUUUUGCCAGACAGGGAAUACCAGAACAGGUUAUUAGCGACAAUGCUCAAAAUCUGACAUCCGAUGAAUUCCAGAGAUUCGCGAGAGACUGGGAUUUUGACCACGUCACCGUGAGUCCAUACAACAGCAAAUCAAAUGUCAAGGCGGAGUCAUCAGUGAAGGCAGCAAAGCGGAUGCUACGGAAGGCGAAGAAGUCCGGAACUGAUCCAUAUCUCGCCCUGCUGGAGAUUCGCAACACCCCAACACAAGGAAUGGGCAGUAGCCCCAUGCAGCGUUUGAAUAACCGUCGGGCACGCACCCUGUUACCAAUGACACCGAACCUACUCAAGCCUCGGGUGAUCAACGUUGAAACAGAGAGAGAUCAAAUGCAACAGCUGAAGAAUAGACAAACGAAGUACUACAACAGGAACGCAAAAGAUCUGCCUGCAAUGGAAGAAGGUGACACCGUAAGAAUGAAGCCUUUUGCUAAAGGACAACGAGAAAGAAAGAAAGGUGUUGUAGUGGCUAGGCUCGAUGAGAUGUCGUACACAGUGGACACACCGGAUGGCAGUUACAGACGUAAUCGUGCGGACAUUAAACGCACCAUGGAAAAACCACCGCCCACUACCAUGCAACGAAAAUCAUUACACAUACCUCCAAGGAAGACGGGUGGAAAUGAGUCAAUAGCACCGAGGACAACGGGUAAUACGGAGCCAAUCCACAGGCCUAUUGGCGACAACAAAUCUGCAAGAGAAGAACCCAUGGCAACAUCUAGAGAGAAGAACAAUUUACAUACGCCGACAAAUAAACUGCCCCCUCAACCAAUACAUACUUCUACCCCACUUGCACCACUUUAG